AUGAUGUCCGGCGAGGCAUGGUUAUAUCUGUUGGCGGUGUUAAUAAACGCCGUCAACCUGUUUCUGCAGGUCUUCUUCACCAUCAUGUAUAGUGAUCUGGAAUGGUACGUCUCCUUCAACUUCUACGGCCUCAAGAAGGAUCUUGAGAAUCCCACUUUUGUCCCUGUUCGACGGAGAUUCCUUGAUUACAUCAACCCUAUUGAUCUCUGUAACCGGCUCAACACGUAUAUCAUCCCCGAGGCGGCGGUACAUGGUGUCCUGACGUUUUUGUUCCUUAUCAAUGGGUAUUGGAUUGCGCUGUUGCUUAAUCUGCCGCUUCUCGCUUUCAAUGUUAAGAAAAUUGUCGAUAACGCGCAUUUACUUGAUGCUACUGAGAUCUUCAGAAAACUCAAUGUUCACAAGAAGGAGUCAUUCAUUAAGCUUGGGUUCCACCUUGUUAUGUUCUUCUUCUACCUCUACAGCAUGAUUGUCGCCCUUAUCCGUGACGAGUCUCAUUGA